UUCAAAUAACCAAAAAACUGAGUCAAGUGAAGCUAUUUCUUUUAAAAACAGAAAUGUCUGUGACUCUCGAUAUUCGCUUGAAAAGAGUCAACAAAACCUAUCACGAAGAGGAGUCGGUGGUGGGGUGCAUCGUGGUGGAGAGCAGAUCGGAGAUGAAGCACGAGGGCAUCUCUCUCGCGAUGGACGGUAACGUGGCCAUGCAGCUCAGCGCCAAGAACGUCGGCAUCCUGGAGGCAUUCUACUCCUCUGCCAAGCCAGUUCUCCUGACCGGUUGCCAGCUGGAGAUAGCCAAGGCGGGUCGGUUGCCCUCGGGCAGGACCGAGUUCCCGUUCGAGAUCCCACUCAAGCCCAGGGCCAACCGGUCGCUCUACGAGACAUACCACGGGGUCUUCAUCAGCAUACAGCAAGUGUAA